AUGUGGUUCCCAAUAGCGUUUUUCUUGGUAUCGACCUUUUUGUUAUCGGGAUUCGCCAUCAAUCAUUUUAUCCGGCUCUCGAAACAGCCACUGUACCUAUCGGUGAUUCUGGUAUUCUCGCUCUUCUUACCUUUCUCCAUCAUAUUCCUCCUUCCUGUCGACCUGAUAUCCACUUCCGCUGACACAUACAAGCAGUUUAAGGAAUCUAUAUUUUAUUUGAAUCAGCCCACUGUGCUAUUCCUUUGGAAGUUCAACUAUUGGACCACCUUUUCGUUAACAUGGAUCAUCCUGCCCUUUUUCCAAUACUGGUUUGGAUCUGGAUAUUACAAACGGGGAGAUCGCUUCAAGUACUCGCUAAUUGAGCUUCUGAAGUUCCAAAUGAUUAUGAUUGCCUGCGGGCUUAUCAUUUUUUUCUACAUCCUAGUUCGACACACAUCUUGGCUCAAUUUCAAAUUUCUCAAGUCCCUGGUUAUUACAGUCAGCCAUAUAUAUUCGCUUGUUUUAGCCUUGUGGCUUAUGGCGCACGGUCUCAUAUAUCUUCCACGGCAUGAAUGGGAAACAUCCGGAAACUACUCCAACCAGCUGCACAAAAUGUACCUUAAGGUUCCAGAGAUAAACGAGCAGUUGGAGGACACAAAAUUCGAGCUCCGUGAGCUCUGCGGAAAAAUCAAGACAUUAAGCCAUCUCGAUAAUCUUGAGUACAGAGACUGGAUCCUCAAGCUUGUGGGAUCCAUACCUCCCGAAUUCAACGAAAUGGUUCAUCAUGGUGUCGAACCGUUCACCAACUCAGAGCUGAACACGAAACUGCUCAACAAGCUCUCUAAGCAGUUAAAAGAGCUGAAAUGGGAAUACAAUCAUAAGCUUAUCGAACUCCAAAUCACCGUAGAGAAGGUGAUAGUUUUGGAAGAUAAAGUUAACGCACAACUGCUUGGAGAAUACCAUCCAAGACUGGAAAGACCUUGGAUAUCGAGCCCAAAAGUCAAUUACUACCUCCAUCAAUACGUCAAACCCUUCCUGGGGAAACUUCUCUCGCUAUGUUUGAUUGUGCUCUCUACUGUCAUUGUGGAAUCAGAAACGCUUCACGGCUUCCAGUUCUCUUUGAUCAAACGCUUGAUAGCUGCCAUCACAAUAAAUGCCACCAAAAUCUACGUCCAGAUCUUCACCAUUUGUUUUCUGGUUCUGACAUACAUGCUCGUCUGCGCGAUGCUAUCGCUAUCACAAGUCAAAGUCUUCAAUAUAUACCAUAUUGAGUCCAAUCAGUCAUCAGACCCGGUGUCGAUGAUCUUCUUCAUCAGCUAUGCGUGCCGUCUGACCAUCCCCUUGAGUUACAACUUCUUAAUGUUGCUGGACGCAAAGUUCACCACCAAUUCCUCGUUCCAGCUCUUUUUUGGCAACUCCAUCCAGCUCAUCUCCUUGGGUAACUUCCUCAAUGACCUGCUACCCCGGCUAAUCAUCAUCCCUAUCCUGCUCACAAUGUUCAGGUUUUGGGAAAAGGCAAAAGCUUGGCUCUCGCGUGUUUUCCUGUUUGAUUACUUGAUCAGAGAACUGGAUUUUGAGGACGACGACCUCGACACAGCGAACUAUAGUGGGGACCUUGAAGGGCGGCCAGGAUCACAGUCAACGCGGGAGAAUGCGCGGAUCCAUGAAAGCAAACAGAUUAUACAGCGUCUUUUGAAUUCAGACCAACGUUUUUCGAGCACACCAAUCAGGCCGUUGACUCUCUCGAAUAACCCAGCGUCUCAAGAGCAAUCGCUUACGUCUUUUCGCGAAUUUUUUAGCCGUCUAUUCUCACGGUUACGUUUUCGCAGCCCAGCUUCUCAGUACGAAGGAUUAAGAACAUACAACCUAAGUUUAGGUACGGACAACGGUAGCAGACGAACUAGCACCGACACAGGCAUCUCGCUCAACACUAACAUCUCGUUCGACAACGACAACCGACUGCUUCGGGAUGACGAUAUCAUGCUUAUUGACGAGGACGACGUCUCCGAGAUAUAA